UUUGUGUUUUGUCAGAAUUAAUGAGAAAAGUUCCCUUGCCCUAGGGGUAAUUAGUGUCCUUGGAGUUAAAUAAGCUAAUACUUAGACACCUCUGGCACAAGCAAUUAUGUUUGUGUAUUGAAUAAUUGAUUCAAAGAGGGGGGAAGGGCUGCUAAUCAGAUCUGAGCAUAAUGAAUUGAUUUAAUUAACAGGGGAAUCCGAGGGUCUCUGGAAACUGCGCGCAUUUAUUCAGUAGCAGCAGAGGCGAGCGCGGCACAUAAACUGGGAGAGAGGCGGCGUGAGUUUGCUUUUAGCAGUUGUCAGAUUUGCAAUUGGAUUUGUUUGAAUAUAGUUGCUGUCUUGGAGCAAAUGAGAGCGAGAAAGAGAGAAUAUUAACAGCGAAGGAGAGCUCAGCCGUUCAGUCUGAGCGUCUGGUCCGUCCGUGUGUGCACAGUUACAGAUAGGCGACACUAGAUUUAUAUCGCUUUUCAUUGUUUUGCCUUUUUUAUUCGCAUGGAAUUUAUCAAGAGCAACCAACGCUGUUUGAUCGCUAUUUAUUUUCAUUACAGUUCAGUCCGGAUAGGGGGAUCUCGCCGUGUAUCUCGCCGUAUUCCGUGUAUGAAUUAUUAUUGAUAGGAGGAGAAAAGAAAACGUGCACACGGCAAUUCAUCUUUCCAGGGUUUUGGUUUAUCGAGGCGUAGUCUAGUCAACCGCGCGUUUCAAAGCCAUUUCCAGGAGAAGCUCUGAGCAGACCGAGCAGUGCAGCCUGCUGGAGCCGAGGACGGAUCGCCCGGGGAAGGACUCCUCGUUCCUCAGGACGAUGGUGUUGGACAAGGAAGAGGGUGUGCCGAUGCUCUCCGUCCAGCCCAAAGGGAAACAGAAGGGGUGUGCUGGCUGCAAUCGCAAGAUUAAAGACCGCUACCUGCUCAAGGCCCUGGACAAAUACUGGCAUGAGGACUGUCUCAAAUGUGCCUGCUGUGACUGCCGCCUGGGGGAGGUGGGCUCCACCCUCUAUACGAAAGCCAACCUCAUCCUCUGUCGCAGGGACUACCUGAGGCUCUUUGGUACAACGGGGAACUGUGCAGCCUGCAGUAAACUGAUCCCAGCCUUUGAAAUGGUGAUGAGAGCCAGAGAUAAUGUUUACCAUUUGGACUGUUUUGCCUGUCAGCUUUGUAACCAGAGGUUUUGCGUGGGGGACAAGUUUUUCCUAAAAAACAACAUGAUUUUGUGUCAAAUGGACUAUGAGGAGGGCCAGCUGAAUGGGAGCUUUGAGACACAGGUUCAAUAGUUGGAACCUCGUGGCAGCAACAAUCGGCUCCACACUUUACACACGAGAUGGAUGUUCUGCUGCACUUGGAAAAAAGACAAGCGUCUGUCUGCUUGCCUGCAAUACUUUUUAAGACCCCUUUAUCAGUCCCUAAGGACUCUAUUGUAAAUGUUCAACUUUUUGCCCCUCCCACACCCCAACACUGAGCAGUUACACAUUUUGAUGUACAGUUGUGCCUGCUUAGCUGAGCACUGUAUUGCUUGUAUGUUUUGUGAAAUUUGUUUCCGGUUGGUUUUAUUUUCCUUUUAGAAAUGGUUCAUUGGAGGGUAUGUACAGUCUGUUUUCUCUGUAUAUAUAAACUGGAACAUUUAUUUUAUGAAAUGUAAUGCAAUUUUAUUACUAGUGUGAAUUAAAGAUUCUUAAAUGUU